AUGAAGUGGCUUGGGGUCCUCGGGCUGGUGGCCCUCUCAGAAUGCUUGGUCAGAAUCCCUCUGAUGAAGGUCAAAUCCAUUCGAGAAAACCUCCGGGAAAACGACAUGCUGAGAGAUUACCUUGAGAAGUAUCCUUACAACCCCGCCAGGUUUCUCAGCCUAUAUCAUCAGCCCCGGCAAGUGAAUUUUGAGCCCAUGAGGAACUACCUGGACAUGACCUAUGUCGGCAUCAUCACCAUUGGAACACCCCCUCAGGAGUUCAGGGUCAUCCUCGACACUGGCUCUACUGACUUGUGGGUGCCCUCCAUCUAUUGCAAGAGCGUGGCCUGCGGUGGCCACAAUAUCUUCAGGCCGCAGCUCUCCUCCACAUUCCAGUCCUCGGAACGGCGCAUGGACAUCGCCUAUGGCUCCGGGCGGAUGUCGGGACAUGUUGGCUAUGACACCGUUCGGAUCGGGGGCCUUGUGGACGAAAACCAGGCCUUUGGCCUGAGCCGCAAGGAGCGCGGCAAUCUCAUGGAAUUUUCAGUCUUCGAUGGCAUCUUGGGACUGGGCUAUCCUGGCCUUGCCAUUAAAGGAACCACCCCUGUCUUCGACAACCUGUGGGAACAAGGCCUCCUUUCUGAGAAAGUCUUUGCCUUCUACUUGAGCAGCCGGAAAGAGAGAGGCAGCGUGCUGAUGCUUGGCGGGGUGGACCCCUCCUACUAUGAGGAGGAGCUUAACUGGGUGCCAGUGUCCCAACCCCUCUACUGGCAGGUACACAUGGACAGAAUCACCAUGAAUGGGACAGUUAUUGCUUGUAACGGCGGCUGCCAGGCCAUUAUUGAUACCGGGACCUCCAUGCUGACCGGCCCGCAUAACUCUAUCGCCUCGGUCCAGCAAAGCAUCAAAGCCAAGGUUUCCAAUGGAGGCGAGUACAGUGUCCACUGUGACACCGUCGACACCCUGUUUGACAUCGUUUUCGUCAUCAGCGGCGUCAACUACCCGGUGCCACCCAGUGCCUACAUCCGGAAGGACCGUUCAGGCGCCUGCUACACCAACUUCGAAAGUUACCAGACCAGAUCGCCGGACACAAACACCUGGAUCUUGGGAGACGUUUUCCUGAGGCUGUAUUUCAGCGUGUUUGAUCGAGCGAACAACAUGAUUGGCCUGGCUCGUGCGACAUCAUCGCUGUAA